GCGUGCCGACGCCUGCGUCAGCAAAGAGCGGGGCUGGGGGCACCCGGUUUGAAGUCGUGCGGGUCGGAGGACUGCCGCCUCAGUCGCCGCCUCGGACCCUGCUUCCCCGGCCUCGGCGGCGACGAGCUCGAGUAGGCGGCGGGGCAGAUGCCCGAGAGCCCGCGCCCGGACGCCACGCGCCCUAUCGGCCGCUCCCCGGCGCCGCGCGGCCUGGGCCUGCGCCGCUCUGCUCUCUGGAAACUAGCGCCUCAGCGGCGCGGCGCGUAGCUCGCGGGGUGCUCGGAACCGCCGGCGCCCGACCAUGGCGGUCUCCAGGCUUGAUCGUCUUUUUAUCUUACUGGAUACUGGCACUACUCCUGUUACAAGAAAAGCUGCUGCACAGCAACUUGGAGAAGUGGUGAAGCUUCAUCCUCAUGAACUAAAUAAUUUGUUAUCUAAAGUAUUGAUAUAUUUAAGGAGUGCAAAUUGGGAUACCCGGAUUGCAGCAGGACAAGCUGUUGAAGCAAUAGUGAAAAAUGUACCUGAGUGGAAUCCAGUGCCAAGAGCCAAACAAGAACCUUCUUCAGAGAGUUGUAUGGAAGAUUCAUCUUCUACAGAUCGAUUGAAUUUUGACAGAUUUGAUAUAUGUAGAUUGUUACAACAUGGUGCCUCUCUGUUGGGAUCUGCUGGUGCAGAAUUUGAAGUCCAGGAUGAAAAAUCAGGUGAAGUGGAUCCUAAAGAAAGGAUAGCACGCCAACGAAAGCUAUUACAGAAGAAACUUGGCCUUAAUAUGGGAGAAGCAAUUGGAAUGAGUACUGAAGAACUCUUCAAUGAUGAAGAUUUGGAUUAUACCCCAUCUUCAGCAGCCUUUGUAAACAAACAACCUACUCUCCAGGCAGCUGAAUUGAUUGAUUCAGAAUUUCGAGCAGGAAUGAGCAAUAGACAGAAGAACAAAGCUAAAAGAAUGGCCAAAUUAUUUUGGAAACAGAGAUCCAAGGAUGCAGUGGAAACUAAUGAGAAGAGCAAUGAUAGCACUGAUGGGGAGCCAGAAGAAAAGAGACGGAAAAUAGCAAAUGUUGUUAUUAAUCAGUCUGCAAAUGAUUCCAAAGUCUUGAUUGAUAAUAUUCCAGAAAGUUCUUCCUUAAUUGAAGAGACAAAUGAAUGGCCUCUGGAAAGCUUUUGUGAAGAGCUUUGCAAUGACCUUUUUAAUCCAUCCUGGGAGGUUCGACAUGGUGCAGGCACAGGACUUAGGGAAAUUCUUAAAGCUCAUGGGAAAAGUGGUGGUAAAAUGGGAGACAGCACUUUAGAAGAGAUGAUUCAGCAGCACCAAGAAUGGUUGGAAGACUUGGUUAUUAGACUCCUUUGUGUUUUUGCAUUAGACAGAUUUGGAGACUUUGUUUCUGAUGAAGUUGUGGCACCAGUUCGUGAAACGUGUGCACAGACAUUGGGUGUGGUUUUAAAACACAUGAAUGAAACAGGAGUUCAUAAGACUGUGGAUGUACUGCUAAAAUUACUUACACAGGAACAGUGGGAAGUUAGACAUGGUGGUCUGCUGGGAAUAAAGUAUGCAUUAGCAGUUCGUCAGGAUGUAAUUAAUACUUUAUUGCCUAAAGUUUUAACUAGAAUAAUUGAAGGACUCCAGGACCUCGAUGAUGAUGUCAGAGCUGUUGCUGCAGCAUCAUUAGUGCCUGUAGUAGAAAGCCUUGUCUAUCUUCAGACUCAAAAGGUACCCUUCAUUAUAAAUACGUUAUGGGAUGCUCUUCUGGAAUUAGAUGAUCUAACAGCUUCAACAAAUAGUAUUAUGACUCUUCUUUCAUCCUUAUUAACUUAUCCACAGGUCCAACAAUGCAGUAUUCAACAGUCACUCACAGUUUUAGUUCCACGUGUUUGGCCUUUUUUGCAUCACACAAUAUCAUCAGUUCGAAGAGCAGCAUUGGAAACUCUAUUUACAUUAUUAUCAACACAAGACCAGAACUCAUCGUCUUGGCUUAUACCUAUCCUGCCUGAUAUGCUCCGACACAUUUUUCAAUUCUGUGUUUUAGAAAGCAGUCAGGAAAUUCUGGACCUCAUUCACAAGGUUUGGAUGGAACUGUUGAGCAAGGCUUCGGUUCAGUAUGUGGUGGCAGCUGCUUGUCCAUGGAUGGGUGCUUGGCUUUGCUUAAUGAUGCAGCCUUCUCACUUACCAAUUGAUCUAAAUAUGUUACUAGAAGUAAAAGCCAGAGCCAAGGAAAAAACAGGAGGUAAGGUACGCCAGGGCCAAAGCCAAAGUAAAGAAGCACUUCAGGAGUAUAUUGCCGGUGCAGACACCAUUAUGGAAGACCCAGCCACCAGGGAUUUUGUGGUUAUGCGGGCCAGAAUGAUGGCAGCCAAGUUAUUAGGAGCACUUUGUUGCUGUAUUUGUGAUCCAGGUGUAAAUAUGGUAACCCAAGAAGUCAAACCAGCUGAAUCCCUUGGCCAAUUACUCCUGUUUCAUUUGAAUUCCAAAUCUGCAUUACAGAGGAUUAGUGUUGCUUUGGUAAUCUGUGAAUGGGCUGCUCUACAGAAGGAGUGUAAAGCUGUUACCCUAGCUGUGCAACCACGUUUACUUGAUAUCCUUUCAGAACAUUUAUAUUAUGAUGAAAUUGCUGUUCCAUUCACACGAAUGCAGAAUGAAUGUAAACAGCUUAUAUCAUCAUUAGCUGAUGUACAUAUUGAAGUUGGUAAUAGAGUAAGCAACAAUGUUUUAACAAUAGAUCAAGCUAAUGACCUGGUCACUACUGUUUUUAAUGAAGCCACAUCAUCUUUUGAUUUAAAUCCUCAAGUGUUUCAGCAGUUAGAUAGUAAACGACAGCAAGUCCAAAUGACAGUUACAGAGACCAACCAGGAAUGGCAAGUGUUGCAGUUGAGAGUGCAUACUUUUGCCGCAUGUGCUGUUGUGAGCUUGCAGCAGCUUCCAGAAAAGUUAAAUCCCAUCAUAAAACCAUUAAUGGAGACAAUUAGAAAAGAAGAAAAUACACUAGUACAAAACUAUGCAGCUCAGUGCAUAGCUAAACUACUUCAGCAGUGCACAACAAGGACACCUUGUCCUAAUUCAAAAAUUAUUAAAAACCUCUGUAGUUCACUUUGUGUGGAUCCGUAUCUAACACCUUGUGUCACAUGUCCAGUGCCUACACAAAGUGGCCAGGAAAAUUUUAAAGGAUCCAACUCAGAAAAAGAUGGGAUGCACCAUACUGUUACCAAGCACAGAGGUAUAAUUACACUCUAUAGGCAUCAGAAAGCUGCCUUUGCUAUCACAAGUAGACGAGGUCCUACCCCCAAAGCGGUAAAAGCUCAAAUAGCAGAUUUUCCUGCAGGGAGUAGUGGAAGCAUCUUUAUUGAACUUGAUGAGGCUCAGAAGCCUUACCUGGUACAACGGAGAGGAGCUGAAUUUGCCUUGACAACUAUAGUGAAGCAUUUUGGUGGUGAAAUGGCAAUGAUGUUGCCACAUCUUUGGGAUGCUAUGAUUGGCCCAUUGAGGAAUACAAUUGACAUAAAUAAUUUUGAUGGAAAGUCUCUUCUGGAAAGGGGAGAUGGCCCUGCUCAAGAAUUGGUGAAUUCUCUACAGGUUUUUGAAACAGCAGCAGCUUCAAUGGAUUCUGAACUUCAUCCCUUGUUGGUACAGCAUUUGCCUCAUCUUUAUAUGUGCCUUCAGUACCCCAGCACCGCAGUAAGACACAUGGCUGCUCGUUGUGUUGGUGUCAUGAGUAAAAUAGCCACGAUGGAAACAAUGAAUAUUUUUUUGGAAAAGGUUCUUCCAUGGCUGGGAGCAAUUGAUGACAAUAUCAAACAAGAGGGUGCAAUUGAAGCACUUGCCUGUGUAAUGGAGCAACUGGAUGUUGGCAUUGUUCCAUAUAUUGUCCUUUUAGUUGUUCCUGUGUUGGGAAGAAUGAGUGAUCAGACAGACAGUGUAAGAUUUAUGGCCACACAGUGCUUUGCAACACUGAUUAGACUCAUGCCACUUGAGGCAGGCAUUCCAGACCCUCCAAACAUGUCAGAAGAGUUAAUCCAAUUGAAAGCCAAAGAGCGACACUUUUUGGAGCAAUUAUUAGAUGGGAAAAAAUUAGAAAAUUAUAAAAUUCCAGUCCCAAUUAAUGCUGAACUCAGAAAAUAUCAGCAGGAUGGUGUGAACUGGUUAGCAUUUCUUAAUAAGUAUAAGCUUCAUGGAAUUCUGUGUGAUGACAUGGGUUUAGGAAAAACUUUACAGUCCAUCUGCAUUCUAGCUGGAGAUCAUUGUCACAGGGCCCAGGAAUAUGCAAGAUCAAAAUUGGCAGAAUGUAUGCCACUUCCUUCCUUGGUGGUUUGUCCACCAACAUUAACAGGUCAUUGGGUGGAUGAAGUAGGUAAAUUUUGCUCCAGAGAAUAUCUGAAUCCAUUGCAUUAUACAGGGCCUCCCACGGAAAGAAUAAGGUUACAGCAUCAAGUAAAAAGGCACAAUCUGAUAGUGGCUUCAUAUGAUGUUGUAAGGAAUGACAUAGAUUUCUUUAGAAAUAUUAAAUUUAACUACUGCAUUCUUGAUGAAGGUCAUGUCAUCAAAAAUGGAAAAACAAAAUUAUCAAAAGCAGUUAAACAACUGACUGCUAAUUAUAGGAUUAUUCUUUCUGGAACACCAAUUCAGAACAAUGUUUUGGAGCUGUGGUCAUUAUUUGAUUUCCUCAUGCCAGGAUUUUUGGGUACUGAACGCCAGUUUGCUGCUCGAUAUGGUAAACCUAUAUUAGCAAGUAGGGAUGCUCGGAGCUCCAGUCGAGAACAAGAAGCAGGUGUUCUUGCAAUGGAUGCACUGCACCGCCAAGUACUACCAUUUCUUUUAAGAAGAAUGAAAGAAGAUGUUUUACAAGAUCUUCCACCUAAAAUUAUUCAAGACUAUUAUUGCACUCUUAGUCCUCUCCAGGUUCAGCUCUAUGAAGAUUUCGCAAAGUCUCGUGCCAAGUGUGAUGUUGAUGAAACGGUUUCCUCAGUUACACUUUCUGAAGAAACUGAAAAACCAAAGCUUAAAGCUACAGGCCAUGUAUUCCAGGCAUUGCAGUACCUGCGUAAAUUGUGCAACCAUCCAGCAUUAGUCUUAACAUCUCAGCAUCCAGAGUUCAAGAGCACUACUGAAAAGCUGGCAGUUCAGAAUUCUUCUCUUCAUGAUAUUCAACAUGCACCUAAACUCUCAGCUUUGAAACAAUUGCUGCUGGACUGUGGUUUGGGAAAUGGUGGCACUUCCGAGAGUGGCACAGAGUCCGUUGUGGCCCAGCACAGGAUACUGAUCUUCUGUCAGCUGAAAAGCAUGCUUGACAUUGUGGAACAUGAUCUUCUCAAGCCACACUUGCCCUCUGUAACGUACUUGAGAUUAGAUGGCAGCAUACCCCCUGGUCAGAGGCAUUCCAUUGUUUCCCGGUUCAACAAUGAUCCAUCCAUAGAUGUUCUGUUACUUACAACUCAUGUUGGUGGCCUGGGGCUUAACUUGACUGGCGCUGACACGGUGGUAUUUGUGGAGCACGACUGGAAUCCUAUGCGAGAUCUACAAGCCAUGGACCGAGCACAUCGCAUUGGGCAGAAACGUGUGGUUAACGUGUAUCGACUGAUAACCAGAGGAACGCUGGAAGAGAAAAUAAUGGGUUUGCAGAAAUUCAAGAUGAACAUAGCAAAUACUGUUAUUAGCCAAGAGAAUUCUAGUUUGCAGAGUAUGGGGACUGAUCAACUUCUUGAUUUGUUUACUCUUGAUAAGGAUGGCAAAACAGAAAAAGCUGACACCUCUACUUCUGGAAGAGCAAGUAUGAAGUCAAUUCUUGAAAAUCUGAGUGAUCUUUGGGAUCAAGAGCAAUAUGAUUCAGAAUACAGCCUGGAAAAUUUCAUGCAUUCUCUCAAGACAACCAUCUAUGAGCCUGGAAAUGCAAAUUCAUCCAGGAGAAAGCAAAAUUCCAGGCCUAUACCACAGCUCCCUGCUGAUGUGCCUGGGAAAGCAGCAGAACAUGGUCCCAGCGCUUGGACCCCUGCACCCACGUGGGAGACCCAGAUGAAGCUCCUGACUUCAGCCUGGCCCAGCCCCAGUCAUAUGGGCCAUUUGGGUAGUGAACCAGUGGAUGGAAGAUUCUUUCUGCCUUUCAACUUCAAGUAAAUCUUUAAGAAAAAAAAAAUGCUUUAAAAAAAGUCACCUUAGACUUUUUUGCAGGGUCAAAGCUGCAAAAAAACCCAGCUCCCAUCUGCUGACUCUACUUGCCUACAGUGUCUAGGACUGGUCCAGGCCAAAGUAGGGGGCCCAGCACCUGUCGGCCAUAUGGGUGGAGCAUUUGAGUCCUCUCUCCUGCCUCCAAAGGUCUUGUACUAGUAAGAAGCUGGAGUCAGGCAUCAGACACUGGCAUUGUCGUCAUAAUGGCUAGGCUAAGUGCCUGCCCCAGGUCUGUCCUUUUUUUUUUUUUUUUUUUUGCAUCACCCCUAUUGUAAUCAGGAAGUUCCCAUCUCCAGCUUCAAAAUCUAUUCCAAAUCAAUUCACUUUUCUCCAUGUCCACCAUUAAAACUAUAGUUGCCACUACCAUUUUAUUGCUACACUGCCUUUUUUUUUUUUUUUUUUUUUUUUUUUUGGACAGGCAGAGUGGACAGAGAGAGACAGAAAGGUCUUCCUUUGCCGUUGGUUCACCCUCCAAUGGCCGCCGCGGCCGGCGCGCUGCGGCCGGCGCACCGCGCUGAUCUGAUGGCAGGAGCCAGGAGCCAGGUGCUUUUCCUGGUCUCCCAUGGGGUGCAGGGCCCAAGCACUUGGGCCAUCCUCCACUGCACUCCCUGGCCACAGCAGAGGGCUGGCCUGGAGGGGGGGCAACCGGGACAGAAUCCGGCGCCCCGACCGGGCCUAGAACCCGGUGUGCCGGCGCCGCUAGGCGGAGGAUUAGCCUAGUGAGCCGCGGCGCCGGCCACUACACUGCUCUUCUAACUGGUCUUCCAAACCCUCUAAUGGCUUCCUACACAUUCAGACCACAUCUAAACUCCCUACUCUGAGAAACCCUACUAGAGGUGGCUUCGGCCCAUCUCUGAUUCUCUCAUCAUAUCCCACUAUGCUCAUCCCAACAGGUCAGGUCAGUGUUGCCUUUUUUCUGUAUCUCAACAGAAAACCAGAAGUAUUUCUACCUUGGUUUUGGUUUUUGUACAGCUGGGUGAAUGGUGUCAUAGAGAUAAGGAAGACUGAAAAGAGCAAAUUUCAGUUUGAUGGGGUGGGGUAGAUAGAACUUUUUUUUCCACGUUCCGUGUGAGAUACUCAGUAUGGAACCGAAUGAAAUCUCAACAGUAAAUUCAAAAGUGUAAGAGAUCUUCAAAUAGUUUAUGGGAAAUGUGUAUUAUGAAAAAACUAUAUAGAUUUCAAAGGUGUUUUUUUUUUUUUAACCCAAACUUUUAAUUCCAUUUCACCAUGAACUUUUUGAAGUCCCUUUGUGUAACUUGAGCAAAACAAUACACUGUUUACGGCUGUGGAAGCACAAUCCUACACAGGGUUAUUUUUAAGAAAAUUAGGUGACACCACCACAUACGAGGUUUGCUCAGCAUUUCCUGCCAGGGCCAGCAUGGAGGAGGAUACCAAGGCCAGCAGUUGGCAUGGAUGUGUUACAAUAAGCAGCUUUCGGCAGAAAGUUAUGAGUUGUAAUACAGAGGAGGCGGUCAUCAUGACAGAAGAUUCCACUCCCCAGAAGAGCACAGCAACUCUAAAUGGAUACACCAUGCAAAAUACAUAAAGCAAACAAGGAAGAAGCUGCAAGGAGAAACAGACAACUCCAAACCCGUAGUGGGAUUUUAACAUACCUCUCUCAGUCAACAAGAGGACCAGAAGAAAAAAAUUUACUAGUAUAUAGAUGACUUUAAUACUGUAGCAAAUAUGGCUUUAUAGACAUAUAACUCUAGAAUACAUUUUUCGAAGUUCAUGGGUAAUAUUUACCAAAGUUUACAUGCUAAGCCAUAAUGCCUUGCCUGACAAAUUUCAAGAAACUGAAAUAAUACAUAAUAUCCACUUUUUUCACUCCUAUACAACAAUCUGCUGGAACUUCUAGCUUGUACAAUAAAGCAAUAAAAACCAAAGAGGGCCCGGCGCUGUGGCCCAGUAGGUUAAUCCUCUGCCAUGCUGGCAUCCCAUAUGGGCACCACUUCUAGUUCCAGCUGCUCCACUUCAGUCCAGCUCGCUGCUAUGGCCUGGGAAAGCAGUAGAAAAAGGCCCAAGUCCUUGGGUCCCUGCACCCACGUGGGAGACUGGGAGAAAGCACCUGUCUCCUGGCUUCAGAUCGGCGCAGCUCUGGCUGUUGCAGCCAUUUGGGGAGUGAACCAACAGAAGAAAACCUCUCUCUCUCUCUACCUCUCACUGUAACUUUAACUUUCAAAUAAAAUAAAAUAUUUAAAAAAGAAAAAAAAAAGCAGCAUUGUGGCGAAGCAGUUACACGCAGCUUGGCCUGCCUACGUCCCUGAGCAGAGUGCUGGGUUCAGAUUCCAGCUUCCUGUCCAUGUGGGCCUGGGGACAGCAGGUGAUGGCACAGUCUGCUACUUCCAUGAGAGACCAAGCAUAGGAUUCCUGGCUCCCAUUUGGCCUGACCCAGCCCUAACUAUUGUAGGCAUUUGGGGACUGAGCCAGUGGAUGGGAGAUUUUCUCUGCCUUUCAAACAAACUACUAAAAAGUUAAAAAACAAUAAAGAUUAGAAAACUGUGUUUAAAAACAUGACUAUGUAGAAAAUUCCAAAGAAUAUACAAAAAGGCUACUAGUAAUUAAGUGAUUUAGCAAGUGCACAGUGCACAGGGUUAAUUUAGAAACAUCAUCAGGUGGGCAUUCGGCUUAGCAGUUAAGACAGUGUUUAAGAUGCCUGUGGGGGGUGGCAGGGCGGUGCCGUGGUGCAGCAGGUUAAUCCUCCACCUGCAGCACCGGCAUCCCAUAUGGAUGCUGGUUCCAGUCCCGGCCACUCCUCUUCCAAUCCAGCUCUCUGCUGUGGCCUGGGAAGGCAAUAGAAGAUGGCUCAAGUCCUUGGGCCCCUGCACACACGUGGGAGACCCAGAAGAAGCUCCUGACUCCUGACUUCAGAUCGGUGCAGCUGCAGCUGUGGCAGGCCUUUGGGGAGUGAACCAGUGGAUAGAAGACCCUCUGUUUUACCCUGUCACUGUAACUCUACCUCUCAAAAAUGUUUUUUUAAAAAGAUGCUUGUGGAACCACGGAGCCCAGUGUCAAACCCUGUCACUCCACAUGACAUGUGGGCAUCCCAAAAGCCUGUGCCUCCAUUUGGUUGGGUUUGUUUUGAUUUUUUUUGAAAGGGUUCUUGAUUUGUUUGAAAGAGUGUUGGAGGGAGAGAGAGACAGAGACCUUCCAUCUACAACUUCACUCCCCAAAUGCCCACUAUGCCAGGGCUGGACCAGCCGGGAAGUCCAUCUGGCUCUCCUACAUACCUGAGUCAUCUGCUGCCACCCAAGUGUAUGAGCAGGAAACUGGAUCAGAAGUGGGGUAGCCAGGCCUUGACCCAGGCACUCGGACAGGGGAUGUGGGUGUCCUGAGUCAACAGCUGUUCCAAAUGCCUUUCCCCAGUUUUGGCUCUUUAGAAAGUAAGUAAACUCUGGGGCCAGCUUGUGGCGCAGUGCCUGCAAUGCCAAUAUGCGGGUGCUGAUUUGAGUCCUGGCUGCUCUACUUCCUAUCCAGCUCCCUGGUGAUGCAUCUAGGAAAACAGUAGAAUGGCCCAAGUGCAUGGGCCACCCACAUGGGAGACCUGGAUGGAGUUCAGGGCUCCUGGCUCUGGCCUGGUCCAGCCCUGGCCAUUGUGGCCAUUUGGGGAGUGAACCAACAGCUAGAAGAUUGAUCUCACUAACUCACUUCUCAAAUCUGUUUUAAAAAAUAAGAAAAUUACUGGUAAGUAUCUCCCAUGAAUAUAUAUUGCAAAAACUCUGGCCGGCGCCACGGCUUACUUGGCUAAUCCCCCGCCUGCGGCACCGGCACCCCAGGUUCUAGUCCUGGCUGGGGCUCCAGAUUCUGUCCCGGUUGCUCCCCUUCCAGUCCAGCUCUCUGCUGUGGUCCAGGAAGGCAGUGGAGGAUGGCCCACGUGCUUGGGCCCUGCACCCUCAUGGGAGACCAGGAGGAAGCACCUGGCUCCUGGCUUCGGAUCAGCGCAGCGCACUGGCCGCAGCAUGCCAGCAGUGGCGGCCAUUUGGGGGGUGAACCAGCGGAAAAGGAAGACCUUUCUCUUUUUCUCUCUCUCCCUCCCUCCCUAUCUAACUCUGCCUGUCACACACACACACACACACACACACACACACAAACCUCUCAACAGCAAAUUGUCCAAAUAUUUCUAUCAAGAAUUAAUCCAGGGCCAGCACUGUGGCAUAGCGGGUAAAGCCACUGCCUGCAGUGCCGGCAUCCCAUAUGGACAACAGUUCAAGUCCCAGCUGCUCCACUUCUGAUUCAGCUCCUUACUAUCCUUGGGAAAGCAGUAGAAGAUGGCCCAAGUCCUUGGGCCCCUGCACCCACAUGGGAGACCGGGAAGAAGCUCCUGUCUUCGCAUUAGCCCAGUUCCGGCCGUUGCAGCCAUUCCCCAGUGAACCAGUGGGCGGAAGAGUGAGUGAGUCUGUCUGCCCCUCCCCGCCCCCCUCAAUAAAUUAAAAAAAAAAAAAAUUACACAUCAUGCACAGGUGGGAUUUAUCCCAGGAAGUUAGGUGGGCUCAGCACUGAAAAUCAGUUAAUGUAAAGAGCAAAGAAAAAUUAGUGGAGAAAAAGAAGUCUUUUCACCAAAUGAUGCUGGAAAAUGGACAUUACCACAGACACACACCAAAAGAAAAAGAAUAAUCUGGACAUGCUACACCUUUCACAAAAACGAACUUCAAAAUGGUUCACAGACCUAAGUGCAGAAACCAAAACCGGAACACUUCUGAAAAAGAACUUCUAGAUGACUUCGAGUUUGGCGAUGAUUUUUUUCCUUAAACACCAAAGGCGCUAUCCGUCCAUGAAGAAGCGGGUGAGGUGAAUAUCAUUCAAAUUAAAAACUCCUGCAAAAGAUGCUACAGGCCACAAACUGGGAGAAAGCACCUGUGACACAAAGAACUUGUGUCCAAAUCUUUCCGGAAACUGAAAAGCCAACAAUAAGGAAACCCUAGAUCCAACUGAAAACCAGACAAAAGAUCUACAGAGCCACUUCGCCCAAGAUGUGCAGACGGUGAUGAGAGAAGAUACGGGUCAAAAUGAUGCCAUCCACGGAACACCUCUUAGAAUGAAACCCACACACCGGCAACACCAAAUGCAGAAAGGGCACAGAGUGGAAGGACUCAUUGCCACUUUGUACCAAGACAGGUUGGCAGGUAUUUUUUUUAAGAUUUUAUUUAUUUAUUUGAGAGGUAGAGUUACAGUGAGAGUGAGAGAGAGAGAGAGAGAGAGAAAGGUCUUCGAUCCGCUGGUUCACUCCCCGAAUGGCCGCAACUGCCGGAGCUGCGCCAAUCCGGAGCCAGGAGCCAGGAGCCUCUUCCUGGUCUCCCAGGUGGGUGCAGGGACCCAAAGACUUGGGCCAUCUUCUACUGCUUUCCCAGGACAUAGCAAAGAGCUGGACUGGAAGAGGAGCAGCCGGGACUAGAACCGCCGCCCGUACGGGAUGCCGGCACUGCAGGUGGAGGAUUAACCCACUGUGCCCCUGCACCGGCCCCUAGUUUGGCAGUUUCUUAGAAAGUCUACUUCCCCACAGAAAGUCUCACAUUCCAGCAACCAGGCUCCUGUUUCCCCGAAUGAACUCCAGAUGCCCGCCCUAGGGCGUGAUGUGGCACAGCAGGUCAAGCCGCUGCUUGUGCUGCCAGCGGCCCAUAUCCGAGUGCUGGUCUGACUCCCAGCUGCUCCACUUCCGAUCCAGCUCCCUGCUACUGUGUCUGGGAAAGCAGCGGAAGAUGGCCCAAGUGUUUGGGUCCCUGCCACCCAUGUGCGAGACCUGGCUGGAGUCCCGGAACUGCUGUUUUCAGCCUGGCUCAGCCCCGGCUGUUGCAGGCAUUUGGGGGUUGGGGGUGGGGGUGGGGGAGGUGAAUCAGCAGUUGGAAGAUCUUUCUCUGCCUCUGUCACUCUUUCAAAUAAAUAUUUUUAGAAACCUUUUAAAAAUUUAUAAAAACAUACAGUGCAAAGAGUAAACCCUAACCUGAACCAUGGACUUUCGUUCAUGACAAUGUAGCAAUGACAGAAGUGCUCAGUUCUAACGGACCUGCCACAGCUAAUGCAAGCAGGGAAACUGGGGGAGAAGUGCUGAGGAGCUACGCAGUAACUACUGACCAAACAAACAGCGUGCUGCACUCUCUGAGCUCUCUAAAAUAGCUCUACAAAAUCAAGUGAUGUUUCCAAAAAGCCCCCAUGAAGAUAAAAACAAACCCAAAUAGAGACACUUGGGGCAGGCCUUGGGUCGCAGGGAGGGAAGCGUUGGCAUCCCGUAUCAGAGCAGCAGCGAGUCUUGCGAGCUGCCCGGCUGCCAACCCACACACCUAGGCAGGCAGCCGAAGACAGCCGAGUACUCAGGUCCCUGCCACCCCCGUGGGAGACCUGCGUGGAGUUCCUGACUCCUGGCUUUAGCCUGGCUCACCUCCAGCCAUGGGGCCGUUUCAGCAGGGAAUCAGCAGAUGGAAGAUCUCGCUUUCUCUCUCCAUCUGUCUUUCAAAUAAAUAAUCUUGAAAAAUAUAUUUCACUGACAAGGAUAUACAAAUGGCAAACACGUACAUGAAAAAAAAAAUGUUCAUUAUUAUCCAUUAGGGAGGGGGGAAUGUUAGGAAACUGGCGCAGUUGGCCGCAUGGCCCAGCUACCUGAGCCAGGCUCCACCCCCAUCCUAAUGGGAUUGGCUGCUCCUGCUUCCCUGCCCGCCCUCAGGCGAAGUUUUAAAAGGGCCUGUUCCUGAACACGUGCUCUCUUGCCCCUUCUCUCCUGCUCUCUCUCUCAGUUCCUCUCUCCAGCCUCCUCCUCUGGUCUCUUGGCUCUGCUCUCCUCUCUCCUCUUCUCUGCUUUAUCUUCUCUCCUUGCUAGCUCUUCUCCUCUCUGUCUCUCUCUCUUAACAGUCUCCCUCCCUUUUUUCCUUCACUGCCCCUUCACUCCGGUCUGCAGGGUGUUCCCCAAUAAACCCUUCCCCUUAAAAAAAAAAAAAAAAGAAA